CGCCGGCCCGGCCGUCUGCAGCUCUCUCCUCUCCUCUUCCCUCCUCUCCUCCGCUCUCCUCUCCUCUGCCCACGCGGAAGUCCUCACCGACCAGCUCUCCCUCCAGCUGCGGGUUUCGCCCCAGGGAUGUGCGGGUAUCCCCACCCCAUGGAUAAAAAUGUCAUCGCUGUAAAAAUUGUGGAGGAAACAAGAGAUGUGUCAACAGGGAUCAUCUAUAGAAAGAGGAUUGCAAUCUGUCAGAAUGUGAUUCCAGAAAUUUUAAGGAAGGUGAGCAUUUUAAAGGUACCUAGUAUCCAGUUAGAAGAGGAAUCGUGGCUCAAUCCUCAGGAAAGAAACAUGGCUAUGCGGAGUCACUGCCUUACAUGGACACAGUAUGCAUCUAUGAAGGAGGAGUCUGUCUUCCGGGAAAGUACGGAAAAUCCAAAUUGGACAGAGUUUGUUCAGAGAGGCAGGAUUUCGAUCACAGGGGCUGGCUUUCUGAACUACAUUUUGGAAACUUUUGCCAGCACCUUCUUAAGACAGGGAGCCCAAAAGAUGAGGCAAUGGAGGCACACAGAGGUUAAAUUACUUGCACAUUUUCAUCAGCCGGGAAUUAGAAUAAUGGAAAUGCUGCUAAAGGAACAGUGUGGUGCCCCUUUAGCCGAAUAAAGAAUCAUCAGGGAGCCGUGUUGUGUUUACUUUUGCUCGAGAAACACUUCUUGGACACAGCACAUCAAAGACGCAGUUUUUGGAUGCAGUGUCGGCACCUUAAAGAAGAGGACACCUUCCUGCCAGGACAUGAAAUGAUACACUCCCCUGGGAGCCUGCCCCAAAUAACAGCACUCGUGGAGAUGAGCCCUUCUAGCUGAUUUUUAUGGCACAGUCUCCUUACGAUUUUACAAAUAAAGGAAAAACCCCACAGAAAGUGAUGUCCGCCCUACUUCAGGAUGUCCUGCUGAUUGCCUGGUCAGGACAGCCGAGGACAGGCUAGAGGCCUGAAGAGCGGUGCUUGGGCCUUUCUGUUAUCUGCGUCAUUGCUCAUAGGAUUCACGAGAGGAUUCUGGGACAAAUAAAGGAGCUGAACUGGA